UCAUUGACCAUGGUGUUUCAAGUCUCCUACUUUCUUCGAUAGCUCUGCUACAAUUUUGGAAAACCCGGAUAUAGCUGAGAAUUCAAUCAGUGAGCUAUGCGAAUCACAAAUCCGUUGUGCACUAAAUUACAUGGCAUGAGACAUAUCCUGGUGAAAACUAGGUAGGAAGAACGACCCUAUUCUGCUGCGCACUAGUGUUGAGACUUACGGAUCUACCCUAUCUAAACCGAGAGAGAGAGCAUGUUAGGCUAAAUGACUACUUCACAGUACCGCUCAAGUUUGUGCUGAUUUUUGUUGUCUAGAUAGAAUGGCCAUAUCACUGUCAACAGCAUUCACGCUGUUCAUUGGAUUAGCAGCACUAUCCAAAGGCAGUGAUGAGUGUGUCGCCCGUGACUUUGGCCAUGGCUCUGUGGUGUGUGAGUGUAACUCCACCCACUGUGACAGUAUUGGUUCAGACACACUACCUCCACUGGGUCAGUUUGUGUCCUUCACCAGCAGUAAGGCUGGCAGGAGACUGCACAGAGGACAGGGAUGGGUACAGAAGGGCAGCACUGGAUUAGCGCUCAGGCUGACCAUCAUUCCGUAUCAGAAGUACCAGAGAAUCAGGGGGUUUGGAGGAGCCAUGACAGACUCAGCGGCCAUCAACAUCCUCUCUCUUUCCCCCAGAACACAGGACCAGCUACUACGACAGUACUUUUCUACCCAGGGUAUUGGUUACAGUGUUGUGCGGGUCCCCAUGGCCAGCUGUGACUUCUCCACCCGCCUGUACACCUACGCUGACUCGGCUGGAGACUACGACCUGGGCAACUUCACCUUAGCACCAGAGGACACUAAGAUGAAGAUCCCUUUGCUGCAGCGAGCCCAAGCCCUGUCGCCCCGUCCCCUGUCUCUGCUGGCUAGUGCCUGGAGCGCUCCAGCAUGGUUGAAGACCAACGAUGCUCUCACUGGAAAGGGCUGUCUAAAGGGGAAGCCUGGUGGCAAGGAGCACAAGACCUGGGCUAAAUACUACAUCAGGUUCCUGGAGGAGUAUGCCAAACACAACCUGUCAUUCUGGGCCAUGACCACAGGGAAUGAGCCCUCUGCUGGUCUUUUGUCCAACUACAGUUUCCAGGCGCUGGGCUUUACAGCAGAGGAACAAAGGGAUUGGGUGGGCCUGGACCUGGGCCCCGCCCUGCACACCUCCUCACACCCCCAGACACACCUCCUCAUUCUAGACGACAAUAGACUGCUACUGCCACACUGGGCUAAAGUGGUCCUCAGCGAUGUGCAUGCAGGCAGGUAUGUCCAUGGUGUUGGAGUCCACUGGUACCUGAAUAACCUGGUUCCUGCAGAGAUUUCACUGGGCACCACCCACCAUCUAUACCCAGAGUACUACCUGUUUGGCACGGAGGCGUGCGCUGGCUGGAGCGCUACAGACAGAGGGGUGAAGUUGGGCAGCUGGGAGAGGGCUGAGCAAUAUGCACAUAACAUCAUCGAGGACCUGAAUCACUAUGUAGUGGGCUGGACUGACUGGAACCUGGCUCUGGACCAAGGAGGAGGGCCCAACUGGGUGAAGAACUUUGUAGACAGCACCAUCAUUGUAGACCAAAGCCGAGACCACUUCUACAAGCAGCCCACUUUCUACAGCAUGGCUCAUUUCAGUAAGUUCUUGUGGGAAGGGUCUCAGAGAGUGGGCGUGUCCUUCAGUCAGAAGACAAAACUAGAGAGCUCUGCUUUUGUCAGGCAUGACGGAUCAGUGGUUCUCAUCAUCCUCAACAGAUCAUUAUCAGAGGUCCAGUUUGAGGUGUGGGAUCCUGUGGUGGGUUUCAUCUCCUCUAGUGCUCCGGCCCAGUCCCUGCUCACACUGGCUUGGAACACACACUAAUCAGACACACAGGUUUAAAACAAACCGAUCACACACACUGGCUUGGAACACACAUGGGUUUAAAACAAACUGGUCACACAGUUGCUUGAAACAUGCACUGCUUACAUGCUCAAUCACUGAACAAGCUCUAAAAGGCACAUGGUUAAAUUGGCCUAGGUUUGAUUCAUAUAAAUUCUUGAAUAGACAUUAUGGACAUUUUGCUAUGUUUGGUUUGGUUUGAAGUUGAAGUAAUGAUGACAUUUUUACAGGCCAGCAAAUGCAUUUUGAAAUAAAAAUCAAACCUUUUGCUCAACUGGACAGUGAAUACAGCACUGUCUCCCUAUCGAUAGUGUACAACAGCAGACUCUGUGCUCUGUUUUUUUGUGUAUCAGAAGAAAGUGUGGUUUAGCCAAUAUAGAAAUGACUGUGUUCCAAUGUGUGUAGAGCAUGUGAUGAUUUGCCUUGAUCCAUAACUCUGGGAAAAGCUGUGGAGGUAUGAGUGAGUAGUGUAAUAAAAGCAGGCUGAGGGCAUCCUCAGCAGAUGUUA